CUUAUCAUAACCGAUCACCGCGCGUAAGUUUAUGAUUGGUGACUCGCGACGGUUACUUCAUAUGUUUCCCUCUUGAAGAAAGUGUUCAAACUGUUUCGCAGCCGAUUGUAGCUGACGCGACCUUUUCUGUUUGUCUGAUAUCUCGCUUUUCGAUAUUGUGAAUAUCACAGCUACUAAUAAUUUCAAAUAGUCGUUCGUCGAUCUUACAAAGUGCACAAAAAAUCUUUCAGAGGUACUAAUAAUAAGUCGAAUCACGAAGAAAAAUAAAGUUGAGCGGUGUAGUUAUACAAACAGAUUAUUGCGCCGAGCAAGUUUUAAAAGUCAAAAUCUCCAUUAGGAGAGAAUCGAUAGAGAGAAAACGGAACAACUUUGAAGAGCGAUCCGUGCGGCAAACGUUAAAAAAAGGGAGUAGCAUUAAAAAGUGGAUAUGUCCUACGAAUGUAUUUGCUGCGGACAAAGGUUCAGUCAGAUGAAUUUCACAAAGCACCUCAUUGAGGACAAAGAAUGUUGGAUAAAAGUAUGGGACCAUGGCAACAAUAAAACCAACGAUGAGAAAAAACUGGAAAGCCAUAUACGUGUUCAUUCACAAAAACAAGAAGAAAGUAAUAUUAUAGGCCCGGAACCAUUUUUAAGCAGUAACACGUAUGGCAUACAUUCCAGCACAAGCAGCGGCAUUCAAGAGCGCAAAAAUAUACUUUACGAAUAUGACGAUUACAACCAAAAGUUUUGUAGAGAGAAUGAGUUGACGAAUCACUUAAAGCAGAAACACAAAGGUGUAAUGCACCAAUGCGAUCAUUGCAACUACGAAUUCAACGAUGAGAAACAUCUGAUGAGCCACAUACGAUGUGUUCAUCCAAACAUCCAGGAGGUAACUAAUAGUGCGAAGCCGGGGCCUUCUUGGGAGGAUGAUCAGUGCGGCAAACAUUCUAACAGAAAUAGUUGCAUUGAAAACAAUAGGCCUUACGAAUGUGAUGUGUGUAACCAAAGGUUUCAUAAAAGAUAUGGAUUAAUAUAUCACUACAAGAAUGCCCACCGACGUUUAAUGUACCAAUGUGAACAUUGCAUAUACGGAACUAACGAUGAAGAAGAUAUGAAGAGCCACAUACGUGUUCAUCCUAACAUCCAGGAAGAAAAUAAUAGUGCAGAGCCGGGACCGUCUUGGGAGAGUGUCCCGGGCGUCAAACAUUCUAAGACAAACAGCUGCAUUGAAAACAUGCUUCACGAAUAUGAUGUUUGCAACCAAAAGUUCCGUGAAAUUAAUGAGGAGCAUCUGAAGAGCCAGGUACAAUGUGUUCAUCCUAACAUCCAGGAAGAAAAUAAUAGUGCAGAGCCGGGACCGUCUUGGGAGAGUGUCCCGGGCGUCAAACAUUCUAAGACAAACAGCUGCAUUGAAAACAUGCUUCACGAAUAUGAUGUUUGCAACCAAAAGUUCCGUGAAAUUAAUGAGGAGCUUCUGGAGAGCCAGGUACAAUGUGUUCAUCCAAACAUCCAGGAAGAAGAUAAUAGUGCGGAGCCGGGACCGUCUUGGGAGAGUGAUACGUAUGGCAAACAUUCCAGCAGAAACAGCUGCAGUGAAAACAAUAUGCCUUACGAAUGUACUGUUUGCAACCAGAGGUUUUAUGGAACGUUAACAUUGACAUAUCACUACAAGGAUGUCCACCAACGUUUAAUGCCCCAUUGUGAACAUCGCGCCUACGAAACCAAUGAUAAAAAUCUGAAGGACCACGUACGACGCGUUUAUCCUAAUGUCCAGAAGGAAAGUAAUAGUUCAGCGCCGGGACCGUCUCGCGAGAGUGAGCCCUGCGCCAAAUAUACCAGCAUAAAUAGUAACAAAAAAAAGUUCAAAUUAGAUUGGAAAUGUCAAGUUUGUAAUCAAGAGCACUCUGGCAACCAAAAGUUGAUGCAUCACCUAGCAGAAGUCCAUGGAAUUCAGGCAAAAUUCAAUUGUAGCCAAUGCAACUACAAAACCAACUUCUACUAUCUUUAUCAUAGUCAUUGGAAAUCAAUGCAUGAAGACAAUUACGACUACCCGUGUACUGAACCCGGCUGUGAACAGGCGUACAAAACACGAACAAGUCUGUGGAAUCACAUGCAUGUUAAGCAUUCUAAUGAACAAGAGAAAAGCAAUAUUGUGGACCUGAAACUGUCUUCAGAGAGUCAUCCGUGCGGCAAACAUUCCACCAGAAAGAGCAGUGUUGAAACGUAUGAAAGAAAACCUGCACUAUGCCCAGUCUGCAACCGAAGGUUUCGUUUUCAGAAAGAGCUAAUAGAUCACUUAAUAAAAGACCACGGCCGUCGAACGAUAUACAACUGCAGCCAUUGCAGCUAUGAAACUAAUCACAGGCAAAGCUAUGAAAGGCAUAAUAAACGAAAGCACGAAGACAAUUACGACUACGUGUGUACUGUGCCCAACUGUAACUGGAAGGGCAAACUUCAGUGUGAUCUAAUACGACACAUGCAAAGAGUUCAUCAUAAUAAUCAAAAGAAAAGCGGAAGUACGAACGCGGAGCCGUCCUUGGAGAAUGACUCAUGAAUCAAACAAUCCAGAAUAAGAAAUAAACAGCAAUAAAGAGCCCAAAAAUGUGAUUCAGGUUUUGAUAGAAAGAAAGAGUUGAAACAUCAUCUCUGAGAGGGCCAUAGAAGAACUGACUGCAGCGACUGCAAUUACACAUCUAACAAAAAACAGGACUUGCAAUAUCACAUUGGACGAAAGCACGUGUACAAUUACCACUACGUAUUUAUUAAUAAAAGCUGUUACAAGAAGUUCAAACUUGAAUAGGAUCAGAAGAAAAACGUAAAAUAUAAUCACUCGCAUGACUCUUAAUAAUGACGAAAAUAUAAUCAUGCUAACUCUAGUUUUUUAUAAAAGAUACACGGAUGUGCAGAAAAAUUCGAAAAUAGCCUGUAUCAUCUGUGGCAAUAUCAUAAACAGGUAAAGUUUAUUUAAUCGUUUACUGAUAUAUGUUGACAGGACAAUUACUUGUUCUGUUUGCAAUAAGAUAUUUAGUACGAAGGGCAGUAUGCGGAAUUCAUUCGUUGUAUCACGGGCCAACGAUUCUACUUCUGCAAGCUUUACGUCAUGGCAUUUGUCCAUUCGCAGUUUUUAUGCAGUUAUAUAGAAAGAGGAAGGAAAAAUGUUCGGAGUAACUUCCGAUCGAAUAAUGUUAGUAGAUAUUGAAGCAUUAUUGCAAAACUUCUAGAUGGACAAGCGAUAAACAGGCUGGCGAAUUAA